AUGGAUGACAACGUGUCUAUGGACGUCAUGUCAUCAACUUCUCAAAAACCAACAUUCCAGGGACCUGUUAUUGUGUCUGUAGAUGACUUCUUGAUAACCAAGUGGCCCACAGACCCGAUAUUAGUCUGUAGCAGGGCUCAAAAUGGAUAUUUUUACAAGGUUUGUAUCUACAACUUGAUUCAGCCAUUCCUAAAGAAUCAAACUUUUGUCCAGGAGUCCAUCCCCUUAUUUGACCAAGUUAGACCAUGGUCAGGAGCUCUUCCAUCAGAUGAAACACCAGGAACAACAGACGAAGCUGUACCUUCAAAGGAUGGCUGUACUAUUAAGUGUAGGACAGAGCUUGUGAUAUAUAUUCUGAAACGACCUGACCAAAGACCAGCAUGGAGAGUUCCAGCUCAUGGACAUGUAAAACUUCCUAGAACAGAACAUUAAGUCUACCAGUUACAGUAACAGGCUGAGGACGCCUCCGCUCCCCAAAGACCAGGUUCACCAAGGAACAACACCAAACAAUACUUGGACACAGCAAACUUCCUAAAACAGACCAACAUUCUACCACAGCUGCUGUCUGUCACAGGUCAUGGCUGAAGGUAUCUGCCCAAAGACAGGGUUCACUUAGUUAUGAACAGCGCAAACAAUACCAAUACUUGAAUUGGUAUUCGAAAAUUGUAAUGGGGG